AUGUCCAUUUUCGAAACAAAGCUCAACGACGACUACAGCUGGCCAGAGCCCUUUGCGGCGCUCCCGCUGGCGCUCGACGCGUCCAUGGUGGACAAGCUCGACCCGGAGUACGUGGCCUUCUUCCGCGAGGUGCUGUGCGAGAGACCGGACAUCCUCGAGACCCACAAGUACCCCGUGGCGCACACCAAGGCCGGCGGCAACGUCAUCCCGGGCCAGGCGCCGGCCCUCGCUGUGGCCGACACCUACGACAUUGCCAUUCCGCGCAAGCACACGCAGCCCGACGCCGGCAGCAUCCCCGCCCGCGUCUUUGUCCCGCACGGCGAGCCCCCGGCCGCCGGCUGGCCCUGCACCAUCUGGUACCACGGCGGCGGCUGGGUGCUCGGCAGCAUCGACACGGAGAACUCCUACUGCACGCAUCUGGCUGAUCGGGCCCAGUGCGUCGUCAUCCCCGUGGAUUACCGGCUGGCCCCGGAGUUCCCGUUCCCGGCGUGCGUGCACGACUCCUUCGAGGCGUUGCUCUACGUGAUGGAGAACGCCAGCGCCCUGGGCAUCGACAACACCCGUGUGUGUCUGGGCGGCUCAUCUGCCGGAGGCAACCUGACCGCGGUCAUGUGUCACCGCUACGCUGCGUCGCCGCUCGCCCGCGGGCUUCCGCCCAUCCGGUUCCAGCUGAUGGUCGUCCCCGUCACAGACAACUCCGCCACAGGCGAGACCCAGCCCUCGUGGGCGGAAAACGCGCUCACCCCGCAGUUGCCUGCCGCCAAGAUGGUGUGGUACCGCAAGAUCUAUCUCCCGGACGCCGGCGCCACGCUCACCGACCCGGAGUCCAGCCCGCUCUUCUACCCGGACGAAAGCUUCCGCCACGUUCCGCCGGCGUUCAUUGCCGCCGCAGAGUGUGACGUGCUCCGCUCCGAGGCCGAGGCCUACGACGCCAAGCUUCGGGCCAACGGCGUCCCCAGCACCCUGCACGUCUACAAGGGCGUCCCGCACACGGCGAUGGUCAUGAACGCCCGGCUCACGCAGGGCGCCAACCUCGUCCGCGACACCACUGCUGCUGUCCGAGCCGCCCUCCACGCGUAG